AUGCCGGAACACGUAGUCUUCAAACAUUUCAGCCUCAUUGUGCGGGAAGAAGGCAAAGCACAGCAGUACGAGUAUAAGUACUGCUUCAAUGUUUUCACCGGUGCAGCCAUUCAUUGCGCGCAGCACCUGAGCUCGUGGAAGGGAAUGAAGCGUCGCAAGGUGGCGCUUUUCAAGGAGGCAUCGCAAGACGUACGCAACGAGAUGCGCACCAAAUACGAGAAGAUGGCUGCCGCGGUAGAAGAAAAGCGCCGAGCAACAUCUGCUGCUGUUGCGGCAGUCCAGGCUGGCGGCGGGAAGCAACGCAUCACCGACUACUUGGAGGGAGAUGCCGCUGCGGCUAAACGUGAAGCUCACGAGGGCCUUGCGCUGAUGUUUGCGGCCUGCAGAAUCCCGGAGGUCACCAUGGACCACCCGCUGUUCAUCAACGCCAUGCUGCUCGUCAACUGCGCCGGCCACGGCUACGUCCCCCCCAGGAGGAGUUUCAUUGGCGGGGCUGGGCUGGUCGCUGUCCGCAAAGGGAUUGAGCAGGGGCUGGUGGGGAUUAAAUCGAGCUGGAAGAAGACCGGGGUAACAAUUGCGUCCGACAUGAUGACGGACAAAUGUGGGAGGGCGCAAGCGAACGUGCUUCUGAUUAACGACUCCGGCGCCGUCUUCAAGGAGGCGAUCGACUGCGGUAUGGAGCGGAAGACGGGGGGAUACAUAGCGGGGAUUCUGCAGCCGGUUGUGGAGGAGGUUGGACCAGAGAAUGUUGUCGCGUUUUGUAUGGAUGGGGGGUCGAACUAUGCCGCGGCUGUCCAGGAGCUUAUUGCCAAGUGGCCCCACAUUCAGCAGGUCCCUUGUGCUACGCAUGUGAUGGAUCUCCUGCUGGAGGAUGUGGGAAAGAUGGGGUGGGCAAAAGGGGUGGUGGAUCAGACUGGGGAGAUGAUUUCUUUCGCGCGCAACCAUCAUUGGACGCGCGCUUACCUGAGGACCAAGGAGUUGGUUGAGGGGAGGGUGCUGCAGCCGCUGAAGCCGGCGGGAACACGUUUCGGGACACAGUACAUUGCUGUGUCCCGCCUUUGUGAGUUGCGUAGCACCCUGAACGCGAUGGUGCUUUCCGACAAGUGGAAGGAGUGGGCCGUGGGGUCGCGGAAGGAUGCUGCCGAGGCAUUUUCUGGGCGGACUGACGCAGAUGCCACUGGGAUGAUGGGCCGCUUCUAUGAUGUAAUGCUGCAGCUUACGGAGGAUGUCAACAACGUCCUGGACGAGGAUGAGCAGCAGCUGAGUAGCACGGAGAAGGAGAAGAUCCGCAGCAUCAUCAAGGACCGUUGGGAUAACAACCUCGCCUGCGGCAUGCACGUUGCUGGCCGAAUCCUCAACCCCGCGAACCAGGAGGAGGAUAUCUUUGGCAGCGACGUCAAAUGCACCCGGGUUUUCAAGGCGUUAAUCAACCAGCACGUGGAGUUCCUCAUCGGCCACGACGGGAAGGGGAGGGAUGAGGGUCCAGAUUACUUGCUUGCCUUGGGUGACGGGCUGAGGGCUUUCUUGGACCUGAAAGGCAGUUUUGGGAUGCCGGAGGCGCUUGCACAGAGGGAAUUGGUGAAGGCGGGUAAGUACAGCAUGGUGAAGUGGUGGCAGUGGAACGGCACAGAUGCACCUCACCUGAUGCACUUCGCCGUGAGGAUGCUAUCUCAGCCUGUAUCGGCAUCCCCUUGUGAGCGUGGGUGGGGAACUUGGGAUGCAGUCCACACAGCCCGCCGGAACCGCCUCGGAUCUAAGAAGUGCCAGGACCUGGUUUUUGUUGCGCACAACUGGAAUGUUGUGCGCAACUGGCACUCGCGCGCAGAUGUGAUGCCGAACGUUGUGCCAGGGAUUGGGGACGAGCCUCCUAUCCCCGAGGGGUACAACGGGUUGGAUGAGACGGAGGUGGAGGAGGAGGAAGGCGAGGAUGACGUCCUGGAGGACGAGUAUGCUUAG